AUGAUAAACGUUUAUGUGUUUUUAGUGGGCCUUGUAUUAAUUGUAAUGUCUGCUUUAUUGGUUCAUGUUCCAAAAUUCAUUAGUUGGGGGUCAGAAAAACUUGGUUGUCGUUCACAAGACGCAUGGCUUGACAUUGUACCGGGGUCCCGAAAAAUUAUCAAUUUAUUCUGGGCGUCUUUCACUCUUUUAGGUUCAUUAGGAGUUUUAUAUAUUUCAGUUUCCAGUUAUUAUGGGAGGGAUUUUUUCUCUUUCAUUUCGUCCGAAUUUGUCAUUCCUUUUUUGACACAAGGAGUCACGCUGACUUUCUAUGGAAUUGCCGGUCUCUUUCUAAGUUUACAUUGGUGGCUUCUAAUUUUUUGGAAUGUGGGGAGUGGCUAUAAUUUUUUCGAUAAAAAAAAUCGAAUGGUAUGUUUUUUUCGUUACGGAUUUCCUGGAACAUAUCGUCGUAUUUUUCUCCGAGUUCGUAUGGAAGAUAUUCAGUCCCUCAUACUACAAGCUAACCCAGAACCUAGUAGUGGUGUCCUUUAUAUGCAAACCAGAGAACAGGGGACCAUUCCCUUGACUCCUGUUGAUGAUAGGACUCCAUGCAACGUUAUACAAAAAGCUUGGGACUUGUCCAGAUUCUUGAGUGUACCAAUGGAAAUCGUUCCAUAUUCUUGA